AUGGCAAAUCCAGCCCCCAGACCUCAAACGCGACAACAGCGCAAACCAGUACCGCCACCAAACCGCCAUAACGCUGCCCCUUCAAAACAACAUUCGUUUCAAAACGAUAUGUUCAGCAUGCCGUCAGCAACCGAUUUUCUAGCAGUCGACAACACGGCUAGGUUGAAAGAAGGGCGGAGAAGCAGGAAGUAA